AUGGGGAACGAGUCGCCCACGCCACGUCAAUUGCUCACCGAGUCAGUCAUAUUCUGGAGCAUUGCGACUAUUUUAUACUUGGGUAGAAUGUAUGUAUACAUGGAAGCAAUGUUGAAGCUGCCAUCUAACGGACACAAGGGCUUCUCGUAUCAUCUCAAAUGGAUCCAUCAAGCGCUUAUUCUGUACGCUGUCGAUGACUAUGUCAUGACUGCAACCUUUCUGAUCUAUACAUGUCUGUUGGUUCUGAUCCAGAUAUCGUCCCGUUAUGCAACAAACUUGAUGGAUCCGGCCGACUAUGACAGAGUUCUAGCUAAUCCACAAGAAGUUGAAGACCGGAUAUUUGGCAGCAAGGUUGUCAUCGGGCUGGAACAAUGCAUGUUGUUCUCAACCUGGGGUGUCAAGGUCUGCAUGUUGACCAUGUUUUGGCGGUUGACCAAGAAUCUCCGACUCCAUGUCUACGUUAAAAUCAUCGCCGUCUAUGUAUUUGUCGGAUUCGUGGUCAUCAUGAUCACCUACUAUGGCGUAUACUGCCGGCCAUUCUCGCAAUACUGGGCCAUGCCAGUGAGGGACCUGCAAUGUGCGACCUACCAGAACUACUCCAUCACCCAGGCAGUCUUCAACAUAACAUCCGAUGCGGCGAUGCUAGCAGUGCCCGUCCCCCUUCUUAUCAGAGCGCAAAUGAAGAUUGGGAAGAAGUUGCUCUUGAUCUGCAUCAUGAGUCUCGGCGUGUUCACGAUCGUCGCGGCAAUUCUCAAUAAAGUGUUUAAUUUCGCCUCACCACUGACGACCACUUAUCAGAUCUGGUACAUCCGGGAAGCCAGCACAGCUAUAUACGUUGCAAACCUCAUGUGUUUAUGGCCCCUUCUCCGCAAAAUUUUCAACCUAAAAGCAUUCAUAUACGGCAGCAGGCAGUAUAGACAGCAGGAUGCUGCUCCACCCGUCAAAGAUUCGUCAAGUGCAUCACGUACCGCAGUCGCAAACUCACGGCCAUCGUUCUCUUUUCGUCGGGUCCUGAAGCUCAAGGACCCCGAUUGUCGAAUUGCCGUCAACUUAUUGGUGCCCCAACGCAGGAUUGACGAGUCACCAGCAAGUGAAGAGGCGACUACUAGGAUUCCCCCCGGCGGUGUGCACAAAGUUCCUGGGGAGCAGAACAUUGCUUUGGAGGAAUUGUACGAGGACGAGAUACGUUUGACAGACGGAUAUCCAUUAGAUGAUCUGGGGGAUUGGUCAAGCAAAGGUCCUACUGUCAGAAAACUGCGAUUAAGCUCAGAAUUUGAGACCAAAUAG